AUGACUUCAACCUUCAAAAGAUCUUUUCCCAUCACUCACAUAACUACCGCCUGGGCCAUAUUGCAUAUAGAUGGCAUCAACUUCCUCACAGAUCCCGUCUUCUCUCCGGCGGGCACAGAGUGGGAUAUGGGCCUAACCGUGCUCAAAAACACAAAAGGCCCGGCCACACAACUCGAAGACAUCCCCGUCAUUGACGCCGUGCUUCUAAGUCACGAAGAUCACCCGAUAACUUGGACGAACUCGGUCGGCGCCCUCUCGACGGCCGCAGGGUCUCACGACACAAGACGGAGCCCAGAAACUCGCGCCUCGUCCUGGUUUGCGAUCCUCAACAUUGGUUCAGCGGAGGUUGCGAUAUCAGACCCUCCUUUGCUGGUCGCCAUGGAUGGAAAAGAGGCUGGGCGGCUGUUUCGCGAGAUUGGAGCGGAUGUCCUGGUGCUAAUGCAUUACGAAUCCUGGGAAGACUUUGCGGAGAACAGAGACCAGUUGAGAGUAAUGUUGGAACAGGAGGGCGUUUCUGACCAAGUGCGCUGGCUAGAGCGAGGAGCCGAGACAAAGAUACUCUAA